AUGGGUUGGGUUUCAGUCUCAUCCUUAAUCAUCUUCCUUUCCUUCCUACUUCAUUUUCCUUCCUACAAUUGUUUGUUGUGCAAUCCUGAUGAUAAAUCUGCAUUGUUACAAUUCAAAAACUCAUUUUUUGUUCUCAACUCUUCCCUUCAUUUUCAUUUCUACUAUGAUCCUUGUUCCUCAUUUUCUUCAAGGAUAGAAUCUUGGAAAAACACAACAGAUUGUUGUGGGUGGGAUGGGAUCACGUGCGACAGCAAGUCAGGCCAUGUGAUUGGUCUCAAUCUUUGUUGUAGUGAUCUUAGAGGUGAGUUACUAGGUCUAAAUAGUCCUAUUUUCAAGCUAAGGCACCUUCAACAACUUAGCCUUACUUAUAAUGAUUUCUUUGGAUCUUCGAUACACUCUUCAAUCGGUAACUUUGUCAACCUCACACAUCUAACUUUAUCUCCCUUUAGAAUUAGUGGUGAUGUUCCCUCCACAAUCUCUCACUUGUCAAAAUUAGAACAUCUUUGUAUCAGUCCUGAGGAUUUAUUACUUGAUGAUCCCACCAAAAGCUACUCCAAAAUUAGAAUUGAUGAUUAUACAUGGAAUAGACUCAUUCACAACGCAACUAAUUUAAAAGAGAUUUAUUUAGAAAACGUGAACAUGUUUUCUGUCAGAGAGAGCUAUUUGUCAUUGUUAACCAAUCUAUCAUCCUCUUUAGUUUCUCUCGAUCUCCAUCACACCCAAAUCCAAGGGAAAUUUCCCACCGACAUCCUCCGCUUACCUAAUCUCCAAGAAAUAGAUCUAUCAUCGAAUGAAAACCUGAGAGGUGAACUUCCAAACUCCAACUGGACUACUCCACUAAAAACCUUGUUUCUCUCCGAUACUGCUUUCUCAGGAUACAUUCCUGAUUCUAUUGGUCACUUGAAGUCUCUUAACUCACUAGGACUUUCAGAUUGCCAUUUUGAUGGAUUUAUUCCACCAUCAUUGUUUAAUCUUACUCAACUUUCUUUCUUAGAUUUAUCAUAUAAUAAAUUAGUUGGCCCCAUUCCAACCCAAAUCACCAAACUCUCUGAAUUAUCAACCCUAUCUUUGAGGGACAACAUGUUAAAUGGAACAAUUCCUCGUGGGUGUUAUUCUUUGCCUUCUUUGUUUGCCUUGGAUCUUAGUAGCAAUCAACUCACAGGGUCAAUUGGUGAGUUCUCAAAUAAUUCUUUGCAAUUUGUGAAACUUUCUAAUAAUAAACUGCAUGGAAAUUUUCCAAAUUCAAUAUUUCAACUCCAAAAUCUUAAUUAUUUGGAUUUGUCAUCAAAUGGUUUGAGUGGUGUCGUGGACUUUCACCAAUUUUCAAAGUUUGAAACUCUAUGGAUUUUGGAUUUUUCUCACAAUAGUUUGCUCUCACUAAAAUUUGAAAAUAAUUUUGAUUGUAUCUUACCCAAACUUCUAUACUUAUAUUUAUCUUCAAGUAACAUAAGUAGUUUCCCAAAAUUCAUAGCACCAAACUUGGAAGCUUUAGAUCUUUCUCAUAACAGAAUUCAUGGAAGCAUUCCCAAAUGGUUUCAUGAGAACCUCUUGUGCUCUUGGAAGAACAUUAGUUACAUUGAUCUAAGUUUCAACAAGUUGCGAGGAGACCUUCCAAUUCCACCUAAUGGCAUUGAAUUCUUUUCAGUCUCAAAUAAUCAACUGAGUGGGGACAUUUCUUCGGCAUUGUGCAACGCUAGCACCCUUUCUAUACUUAACUUGGCUUCCAACAACUUGACAGGACUUAUUCCACAAUGCUUGGCAACAUUUCCUUCUCUUUGGGCGUUGGAUUUGCAAGACAACAACUUUUACGGUAGCAUAUCUGAUAAUUUUUCUAAAGGAAAUUCCUUUGAGACUCUAAAGUUGAAUGGAAAUAAGUUGAAGGGACCAUUACCACGAUCUUUGGCUCAUUGCACAAAACUUGAAGUUUUGGAUCUUGAACACAAUAACAUAGAGGAUAUGUUCCCUUAUUGGUUAGAAACUUUGCCAAAUUUACAGGUACUCAGUUUAAGGUCAAAUAAAUUUCAUGGUGUCAUCACUUCUUUUGGAACCAAACUUCCAUUUCCUAGGUUGAAGAUUUUUGAUAUCUCUGAUAACCAUUUUACUGGACCCUUGCCAGUGUCAUACAUCCACAACUUUCAAGGAAUGAUGAAUGCGAAUGACAAUCAAACUGGUUUGAAAUAUUUGGGUAAUAAUAGUUUAUAUAAUGAUUCGAUAGUGAUUGUAAUGAAAGGGCGGUACAUGGAACUCACGAGGAUACUGACUGUUUUCACUAGCAUUGAUUUAUCAAAUAAUAUGUUUGAAGGAGAAAUUCCAACAAUCAUUGGAGAGUUGCAUUCUCUUAAAGGGCUUAACCUUUCACACAAUAGAAUCAUUGGUACCAUUCCAAUAUCACUAGGUAAUUUAAGCAAUUUGGAAUGGUUGGAUCUCUCAUGGAACCAAUUGAAGGGUGAGAUUCCUAUGGCUUUGACAAAUUUGAAUUUUCUAGCAGUCUUGAACCUUUCACAAAACCAGUUUGAGGGAAUGAUACCUAAAGGUGGACAGUUUAACACAUUUGAAAACGAUUCCUAUGUUGGAAAUGGAAUGUUGUGUGGAAUGCCUUUGUCAAAAUCCUGCAAAGAGGAUAAAGAAAAGUCAUCACAUUCAACACUUGAUAAAGAAGAAUCCGGAUUUAGGUGGAAAUCCGUUGUAAUGGGAUAUACAUGUGGGAUGAUCUUUGGAAUAAUAUUGGGUUGUAAUGUAUUCUUCUUUGGAAAACCCCAAUUGCUUGCCAAAGUUGUUGAAAGAGGUUUAAAUGUGAGACUGAUUAGACCAACAGGCAGAAAGCCUACAAAUUGUUGGAAAAGGAUUUGCUUAACAUAG